AUGCAGAAACGGCGCUGUAUACACUCGAUCAAGCUAACACCACGAGUUCAGUUUCAAUUUCUUUCUUUUUAAACCAACGAGGUUAUAAUACACAGCCACGAUGAAGAUCGGUUUGUGUGCAUACAGUGGGUACAAAAUCUACCCCGGCCAUGGAAAAACUAUGGUUAAGGUCGACGGAAAGAACUUCACGUUCUUAAACUCAAAAUGUGAAUCUGCACAUUUGAUGAAGCGUAAUCCACGUAAGGUGACAUGGACUGUGCUUUACAGACGUAAGCACAAGAAAGGUCAGGAAGAAGAGAUGGCCAAGAAGAGGACACGCAGGACUCAAAAGUACCAGCGUGCCAUCGUUGGUGCAUCUCUCACUGACAUUAUGGCCAAGCGUAACAUGAAGCCAGAAAUCAGGAAGGCUCAAAGAGAACAAGCCAUCAAGGCUGCCAAAGAGCAGAAGAAAGCAGCAAAGGCUGUCAAAAAGGCUGCAGCUCCCGCUAAAGUGAAACCCAUCAAACAGAAGGCCACUAAAGUCCAACAAAAGUCGGCUCCAAGAGUCGGAGGAAAGAGAUAAUUUAUUUCUUACAAUUAAUUUAAAAAAAUAAAAAAAUUGUUGAAUAAAAA